AUUGUCAAAGGCUUACAAUUUUCAAUAUGUUAACACUUAAUUUUGCUCCGCUUCCUUCUUGUUUCACCAAUUUUCCAUUGAAGUUUCUUCUUAGCGUUUUCAUUCUCUCAUUCGUGCUCUCUUCUCAUCAUGGCUGGUUACAGAUGGAUUAGACCUGAGGUGUACCCACUUUUUAUCCCCGUUGGAUUGGCCGUCGGGAUCUGCGCUAUGCAACUUGUUAGAAACAUAACCACCAAUCCUGAAGUCAGGGUAACCAAACAGAACAGAGCUGCAGGAAUUCUUGACAAUUUUUCAGAGGGUGAGAAAUAUUCACAACACUUUGUGAGGAGGUUUGUCCGUGACAAGAGCCCUCAGAUUAUGCCUGGCAUCAACAACUUCUUCUCUGACCCAGAAAUUUAAAUGCUAAGUUUCUAUUUCUAGAAAAUUUUACUUGAUUUCUGGGAUUUAUAUUUUUGACUUUAUGCUAUUUCAAAUUGAGAAAUAGGACACAGGAAUUUGAUUUUUCAGAUAAAGGAUAUGUUGUUGAUGAUUGUGUAAUUUGUUGUUGGAUGACAUUAAAUUUGUCUUGAGAAUAAAGAUUUAUACUUUAAACA